AUGGACAAGCUGGCGCGUGUAAUGUUCCUGCUGCUGUGUCACAUCACGUCCAUCAUCAAGCAGGUGGUGUUCUACACGGAUGCCGACCGCAUCGACGAUAUGAUCGCAGCUCUCGACGAUCGCUUAUUCAACCCCAAGGAGUCAUCGGCGCAGGCCCUACUGCAGGGCACGGCUCGCAGCGCAAGGCGGCUGGUGCGGUGGUACUCGUCCACCGCGGUGGCCACCUGCGUCAUGUGGAUCAUCUUCCCCAUCAUGUACUACGUUAGCGGCCACCAAGUCGAGUUCGCCUUCUGGAUCACUGUCGACCACUCAGGACCUUUGAUGUUCACGGUGUUGUUAAUAUAUUCUUUCUACGUAACUACUUUGGUCGGGAUUGCGAACACAACCAUGGACGCUUUUAUGGCUACGAUCCUAUAUCAAUGUAAAACGCAAUUAAGAAUAUUAAGGUUGAACUUUGAAAAUCUUGUGGAGACAGCAAAUAAAAUUGUUGCAGCAAACCCGCAAGAGUUAUACGAAAAUGUUUUGAUGAAGUUGUUUUUGGAAUAUUUGGAACAUUAUAAACAGAUAUCAGAGACUAAUAAUUGCUUACAAGAUAUAUUUGGUACAUCAAUUUUAGUCCAAUUUGGGAUUGGCGGGUGGAUUUUAUGCAUGGCCGCUUAUAAACUUGUUAGCUUUAACAUUCUCAGUAUAGAGUUUGCUUCGAUGAUUCUUUUCAUUACAUGUAUCCUCACCGAACUGUUUCUUUACUGUUAUUAUGGCAAUGAAGUUACUGUUGAAAGCGAUCGAGUGAUCGAGUCGUUGUACAAUAUGGAGUGGCUGCAGGCACCGCUGUGGUUGAAGCGGUCGCUGGUGCUGACGAUGGAACGCGCCAAGAGGCCGCUGCGGCCGGUCGCGGGCCAUCUCAUACCGCUCUCACUCAACACUUUUAUCACGGUAUAG